GCCAUUGUCAAUUUGAUAUUUUUCUUUUGUUGUUAUGUUCGUGUGUUGUUUUUUUUAUACAUUUCUGUGGUUGUAUUUUGUGAAAAUUGUGGAAUUUUACUUUCUUAAAAACAAAUACAAGUAAACAGAUCGAUAAAAAAAAACUCUAUCGUGUAUUUCAUAUAAAAUAAGUAUACUGUAAAUAUGGCAGACGACGAACAGCCCUCUGACAGUAGUUUACUUGUUAUCAUUGUGGACACAAAUCCAAACCAAAGGUACAUAACGGAGGAUCCAAAAGUAUUAACAGGUUGCCUUGAUGCAGUCAUUGCAUUUGCAAACUCACAUCUGAUGCAAAAAUCUAGGAACCAAUUGGCAGUGAUUGGUUGUCAUUUUCAUAAAAGUGAAUAUCUAUAUCCUUCACCAGGAAAACCAUUAGAUGUUAGGCAAAUUGAUGGCCAAUAUGAAUUAUUUACACUUGUUGAAAAAACUAUUAAAAUGAGAUUAGUAAAUCUUGUAAAAAGUCAACCUCUAGAUGAAAAGCCCGGGGAGUCGCUGCUAGCUGGAGCAUUGGCAAUGGCUCUUUGCUUCAUAGCCAGAAUGCGACGCGAGGCGACACCCGGCUUGAAGACUAGCAGUCGCAUAUUGAUAGUAACGGGCAGUUCAGACACUGCUGCUCAAUACAUUAACUACAUGAAUGUGUUUUUCACCGCACAGAAGCAACAAGUUCUGAUAGAUGUAUGUUCUCUCGACAAACACCUGAGUUUACUUCAACAAGGCUGCGAUAUAACUGGUGGGUUGUAUCUCAAAGUGCCAUCACUAGAAGGGCUACUCCAAUAUUUACUGUGGGUAUUUUUGCCCGAGGCAUCAGAGCGUACUAAGCUAGUAUUACCGGGCCGAGGACGCGUGGACUAUAGGGCGGCGUGCUUCUGUCAUCGGGAACUGCUCACUAUAGGAUACGUCUGCUCCGUCUGUCUCAGCGUGUUCUGCAAAUUCAGCCCGAUAUGCACAACUUGUCACACCGUUUUCAAGAUUGGAGGACCCCUACCUAUUAAACCUAAAAAGAAGAGGAUGAAAGUUUAGUUAUUAUGUCCUUCGUAUCGUAUGUAGCAUUUUGUAAAUAAUAAAUUAUAAGUGAAAUAAGUUUUUAAUUCAUAAUUUGAAUUUUUUUAUUGCCAUCGCUGAUGUGCCGUACUAUGACA